CGAGUAUGUUAUGUGUGGAACAUUUAUCCACGAACACAUUCAUUUAACGGCAUGAUGGCUUGCAAGAACUUCCGCUUUGACUUUCUGAGCUCCUUGAAGUACCUAUGUGACUGCGACGUUCGUUUUAAAAAUGAACUUUCAUACUUUUUGCAAGUUGAGAGCUGGUCUUCUGAUGACAAGCAGCUACUAUUGCAGAAGUUGGCUGAGGUGUUUCUAAUCCAGGAUUUGACUCCCUUUCUGGUAAAACACUGCAAACCAAUACUGCUGGAAAUUCUGGAACGUUGUGCUCAAAACCUUCAGCAAGAAUCUUAUAGGAACGGUUCUCGUGUAGAAAGAUUUUGUUACACUCUUAGUGAGCUGUUAACACUGUCUCAUUUGAAAGACUUCGUUUACAGAUUUAUUAAAACCUGCAGUUUGUUUUCAAUAAUUUCGGAUGAGGAGCAGGUUAACGAGCAAGAAAUAGAGAGAAUUUUAUGUGUAUUGAAGACUUGCUACAAUCUACUUAGUUAUGAUUUUGAAACAUUUCACAGAAUCUGGGAAUGGAGUCCUAUUUUUAAAUUUCUGCAACAUAGUCAUCCUGGAGUGAGAUGGUAUGCUUUACAUAUUAUUUCAAUUUUAACAGGUAUAUCAGAACAAAUUAAGAUUGGUCUGCUGAAUAAACUUUUUACAAUUUCAGAGAGAACCUCAUUUUUAACACAAGAGUUUACACGUAAGUUGCUUAGUCAUGUAAGAGAUUGUAGAGAUAUAAAUGAUCAUCAGAAAUUAACUUCAGAUUCUAUGGAUGUCAGUGGUGAUAACAUCAAUGGAGCAUCUAUCAAUAAGGAAGAUUUGAUUGGCCAAUAUACAACCCUUUGUGGGGUUAUGCUGCCAUGCCUACCUGGAACAUUGAAUCUUGUGGACCAUUCAUUUGUCAUGGUACCAUCAACAGUAUAUAAUCUUCAUUUACUAGUACUAUCGGUAGCCACAGGAAAUGGUGUAUUAUUAGAAGGACCUAUAGGCUGUGGGAAAACAGCCCUGGUUGAAUUUGUGGCCAGAGCAACAGGGAGAACACGCCCACCAGAAUUUAUGAAGAUUCAACUUGGAGAUCAGACAGACAGCAAGUCUUUGCUAGGUACAUAUGUGUGCACAGACACACCAGGAGAAUUUGUAUGGCGGGCUGGGCCACUGCUACAGGCUGUACAAGCUGGGUAUUGGAUUCUCUUGGAGGAUAUUGACCUGGCUCCUAUGGAUGUGAUCUCAGUGUUAAUACCAUUGCUGGAAUCUCGUACACUGUCCGUGCCAGCACAUGGUAAUGUUGUGAAGGCAUCACCAGGGUUUCAGCUAUUUGCCACUCAGAGGUCAUACAGUGGUCAUUGUGGAUUCAGUUAUCAUGUUGCUAGUGCUAAUUCUGCCAUCUUGGAAAAGCUAUGGACAAGAGUUCAGAUUGAACCCUUUUCCAAGGAAGAACUAACAGAGGUGGUUGUCCAGAAGUACCCAGACGUAGAAAAUAUUGCAACAAAGCUGGUGGAUAUCUACUGCAUGUUAUCUGCAGAUCCUUGCCUUGUCUCCAGUGAAGACACAGCAAAGUGCUCCCUUCCUUACGAUAAGCGGCAAAGCUCUAGUAGAGAUUUAAUGAAGUGGUGUAGUAGAAUAGCUGUAACAGCUUGUGGUGCACCUACGUUGCUUGAUUCGAAAGAGGUUUUCCUUGAAGCUCAUGACUGUUUCAGUGCUCCUUUACCAAAAACUUAUGAUCAAAAUUUGAUUGAUUUAGCAGUUGGUGCCAAGUUAGGCUUGACCAAAGAAAAGAUUGAAUUUUUCUUCAUGAAUUACAAACCAAAUGUUCAUACCUCUCCACUGUCAAUGACAGUUGGUAGGGUCACACUGAAAAAGAAAGUUCAUGAAAGCCUGGGAAUUUCUUUUGGUCAAAAUAACCUUUCAAAAUUUGCUCAUACAAGACAUUCUUUAGUUUUGCUUGAGAAAGUUGCAGCUUGUAUCAGAAACAGUGAACCUAUUUUACUGGUUGGGGAGACAGGAACUGGGAAAACAUCAACAGUACAGUACUUAGCAACACAGUGUGCAGUCAGUUUAAAAGUUGUAAAUAUGAGCCAGCAAAGUGACAGCUCAGAUCUACUUGGUGGUUACAAACCUGUGGAGAUGAAACAGAUUGUGGCUCCUGUGAGGGAAAAGUUUGAAAUGUUGUUUUGCAAGACGUUCUCAAGGAAACAAAAUGUGAAGUUCUUGAGUCAUAUACAGAGAUGCUUUGCUCAAGGACAGUGGGAGAUCCUGUUUAAGUUAAUGAUUCAUAGUCAAAAAAAUGCCACAGAAAGAGUAAAGAAAGAUAAACAAAUGGAGAAGCUUUUGGUUAAGUGGCAAGGUCUGAUUCAGGACAUCCAACAGCUCCAAAAACAGCAGAAAAAUGCAGAGAGUGCAUUGGCGUUUAGAUUUGUGGAAGGAACACUUGUGCAGGCUUUACAAAAUGGUGACUGGGUUUUACUGGAUGAGAUCAAUUUGGCCACACCCGAGACACUGGAAUGUCUUUGUGGUUUGUUGGAGAGUUCAUCUGGAUCAGUGGUGCUAAUGGAAAGAGGGGAUGUUACUCCUACUGUGAGACAUGAAGACUUUCGCCUGUUUGCCUGCAUGAAUCCAGCUACUGAUGUGGGAAAGAAAGAUCUGCCUCCAGGAAUUAGGAACAGGUUCACAGAAAUCUUUGUCAGAGAAUUAGAGAGUACAGCAGACCUGAAAACCCUGGUUGUGGAUUACUUGCAAGGAUUGUCACCCAAUUCAGCCAUUGUGGAUGGAAUUGUUAGAUUUUACCUCACAGUCAAGCAUGAAGCAGAAGAAAAGCUGACUGACGGCACAGGACACAAGCCUCAUUACAGUUUGCGGACUCUGUGCCGUGCUUUGAGAUAUGCAGCUAUAAAUCCCCAUCAGAAUGUUCUGAGGUCUAUCUAUGAGGGAUUUUGUUUGAGUUUUUUGACACAACUGGAUCGUUCAUCACACCCCUCUGUCCAGUCUCUCAUUGAGCAUCACAUCCUGGGCCAUGUUAAUGCUGCCAGUAUGUUAAAGCAGCCCUUGCCUAAGCCACAAGAUUCUGGACACUACUGUAAUUUUGAAGGAUUUUGGAUUGCUUUAGGAAGCAAAGAACCUGUGAUGUCAAAUGAGUAUGUCUUAACAGCUUCAGUGAAGGCUAACUUGAAGGAUCUUGCCAGGGUUGUAUCUGCCAGGAAGCUUCCAGUUUUAAUUCAGGGAGAAACCUCAGUGGGUAAAACCAGUUUGAUUCAGUGGCUGGCUAAGGCAUCUGGGAACCAUUGUGUUAGAAUUAAUAAUCAUGAACACACUGAUAUCCAAGAAUAUCUCGGUUGUUACACUUCAGAUGAGAAUGGCAAAUUGGUUUUUAAAGAAGGUGUUUUAGUUGAUGCCAUGAGAAAGGGCCACUGGAUCAUUUUGGAUGAGCUCAAUCUAGCCCCUUCAGAUGUCUUAGAGGCCCUUAAUAGGCUGUUAGAUGAUAACAGAGAGCUGUUUAUUCCAGAAACACAAGAAACAGUUGUAGCUCAUCCAAUGUUUAUGCUCUUUGCUACACAAAAUCCUCCUGGACUUUAUGGUGGAAGAAAGGUGUUAUCAAGAGCUUUUCGAAAUCGCUUCGUAGAACUUCAUUUUGAUGAGCUUCCCAGCCAGGAACUUGAGGUUAUUCUUCACCAGCGCUGUAGAUUACCACUGUCUUAUGCUAAGAAACUGGUGUCAAUAAUGCUUGCCUUACAAGCACGGCGUAGGAGUACCAAUGUAUUUGCUGGUAAACAAGGCUUUAUCACCCUACGAGAUUUGUUUCGCUGGGCAGAGAGGUACAGCAAGACUCCUGAUGUAGAAGGAAGUGGCUUUUAUGACUGGGAUCAGCACAUUGCAGAGGAUGGUUACAUGCUACUUGCUGGUCGAUGCAGAAAUCCCUCAGAGUGCGAAGUCAUCCAGGAAGUUAUUGAAAAGCAAAUGAAGCGAAGUUUUGAUCCAGAUUCUUUGUUUGGAUAUCCUUCUUUGCAAAAGCAUUCUCACAGGGUCUCAAGUCUCAUGGAAGAAGUCACAACAGCACCAUUGGAGGGAUUCAAACACAUUGUCUGGACUUACAGUAUGCGUAGGCUUGCUGUCUUGGCUGGAAGAGCCCUUAAGUUUGGAGAACCAGUUUUGCUUGUUGGAGAAACAGGCUGUGGUAAGACCACCAUUUGCCAACUGUUUGCUGCUCUGUGGAAACAGCAGUUAUUUGCUGUCAACUGUCACAUGCAUUCUGAGUCUGCUGAUUUCCUUGGAGGUCUGAGACCUGUGCGACACAGAGGCCAGGAGGAACAGGAUGAGCAAGUUACCAAGCUGUUUGAGUGGUGUGAUGGACCUCUUGUACAAGCAAUGAAACAUGGAGCAAUGUUCUUGGUAGAUGAGAUUUCUUUAGCUGAUGACUCGGUGUUGGAGAGACUCAACAGUGUGCUAGAACCUGAGAGGACUUUAGUUCUUGCUGAAAAAGGCAGUGAUGGUGGAGAUCCUGUUGGAGAAGAUGUUGCCAUGUUGGUUGCACACAAAGAUUUCAAAAUCAUAGGAACCAUGAAUCCUGGUGGAGAUUUUGGCAAGAAAGAGCUAUCUCCAGCCCUUAGGAACAGGUUCACAGAGAUUUGGUGCCCACCUUCAGAUGCCAGGGCAGACCUGGUACAGAUUAUAGAACACAACAUCAAGCCUGGAGUUGUUCUGAAAUCAGCCUGUCAAGGUAUAUCAGGAAUUGGAGAAGCUAUGGUGGACUUCAUAGAAUGGUUUCAUAGCUCAGACUUUGGAAAGAGAUUUGUAGUGAGCAUCAGAGAUCUGUUGUCUUGGGUGAAUUUUAUAAAUACAUGCAGUUUCUCAACAACUCUGAAUGGUGCAGAUGAAAAUACAGGUGACAAAGUCUUACUCUCAUCAGCCUUAGCUUAUGUCCAUGGUGCCUGCCUUGUUUUUCUGGAUGCCUUGGGUGCAGGGUCCAAUAUCUUGGUUUCAUCAUCGUUAUCAACAUCAGCCACAACUACAUCUGCAACAUCAAGUGGUGUAAAAGACGCGUACCAAGCUUGCCUUGAAUUUCUGAAGAGACAGGUGGAACAAGACGAAGAGGAAAUGCAGUGUUGUGGAUAUCCUAACAAUGCACAGAUGAAAAAUAUCAAUGAAAGACCAGAUUUUUUUGGUAUAUGGCCAUUUUAUAUACAAAGAGGACCACAACCUCUACCAGAAGAUUUUGGUAGCACCUACACCCUCAGCUCACCAACAACUUCACAAAAUGCACAGCGUAUCUUGCGUGCCCUUCAGUUACCUCGCCCCAUUUUGUUGGAAGGGUCUCCUGGAGUUGGCAAAACAAGUCUUGUCCAUGCCAUUGCUAAGGCAUCUGGCCAUGAAUUGAUUAGAAUUAACCUUUCUGAGCAAACUGAUGUGACAGACUUAUUUGGAUGUGACUUGCCUGUUGAGGGUGGGGAAGCAGGACAGUUUGUAUGGAGGGAUGGUCCACUCUUGAAGGCACUGAAAGCAGGUUCCUGGAUUGUCCUGGAUGAGCUCAAUUUAGCAUCACAGUCUGUUCUUGAGGGACUCAAUGCAUGUCUGGACCACAGAGCAGAGGUUUAUAUCCCUGAGCUGGGAAUGACUUUCAAAGUCCAACCUGACCAGACAAGACUGUUUGCCUGUCAAAAUCCUUUAAACCAGGGAGGAGGAAGAAAAGGAUUGCCAAAGUCUUUCCUUAACAGGUUCACUCAGGUUUAUGUUGAGGCACUCUCCAAAGCAGACUUACUGUUCAUCACACAAGCUCUUUAUCCACAAAUAAAUCAGGACAUCUUGGAAAAGAUGGUGACAUUCAAUCAGCAGAUUCAUGAGGAGACUGUUGUGGAAGGAAACUGGGGAAGGAAAGGUGGCCCGUGGGAACUUAACUUAAGAGAUGUGUUUAGGUGGUGUGAUUUGCUCAUAAAAUACCAGAAUUGUGGCACUUGGAACCCUGGUCAGUUUGUGCAUCUUAUUUACUGUGACAGAAUGAGGACGCUUCAAGAUAAACAGAUGGUAUUCAAGUUGUUUAAGUCCAUAUUUGAGAAUUCAAGGCAGAUUGAUAAGAUUGGUCCUGUGCAAAAAUCAUUUUACAUCACACCAGGCUAUGUUCAGGUUGGCCAUUCAUGGCUUCCAAGGUGUUCCUUAAUGAACCAGUCACCAAAUGGUGGAAGGCCCUUACAAUUGCUUCAUCGUUGUCUGCCAGCUAUGGAGUCACUCAUGACCUGUCUAGACAUGAACUGGAUGGCUGUACUGGUUGGUCCAAGAUCUUGUGGAAAGACAUCCCUAGUCCAUCUAGUUGCCCAGCUGACAGGAAAUAGACUUGAAGUGAUGGCCAUGAAUAGUGCCAUGGACACCACUGAACUUCUGGGGGGAUUUGAACAGGCUGAUCUCGACAGACAUUUGAGAGAUAUCAUGGGUGAAACCAAGCAGCUUAUCCCUACCAUAAUAAAAGAGAUUUUGAUUUGCAAUGAUCAGAUGAGUACAUGUUUGCAAGAAAUAUCGUCUCUGUAUAAGCUGUGGGUAUCCUUCUCAAGUAACAACUCUGAAGGGGAUCACACAGUUUCUGAAGAUGAAAACACUGCAAUGCUAUCUCACAAGAGACUGGAUGACUUGCAACAUCUCCUUACAAAAGUCAAGGAGAUCUGUGAUAACUAUGAAUUUGAUUCUUUGGAUGCAGUUAACAUCAUGGAAAUGGUUCAGUCCUUACAAAAGAAACUCAGAGCCAACAAGGACAGUUCUCACUGUGGUGGGCAGUUUGAAUGGGUUGAUGGACAACUUGUGGAGGCCCUCAAGUCUGGUUACUGGCUUCUGAUAGACAAUGUUAACUUUUGCAGUCCAUCUGUCCUGGACAGACUGAAUGCUCUGUUGGAACCUGGAGGUGUCUUAACCAUUGAUGAAAGAGGGGUUAUUGAUGGCCAAAUCCCCUCCAUCAAGCCACAUCCCAAUUUCAGGUUGAUUCUUGCCAUGGAUCCAAGAUAUGGUGAGAUCUCAAGAGCAAUGCGCAAUAGAGGAGUGGAAAUUUUCAUGUUGGGAGAGGAGGAUGAUGAGAAAUAUGAUGACUGUGAUUACCAAAUGAUGCUUAAUGGCCUUGGUAUUGAAGACAAAAGAAUAUGUGAUUGUCUUGUAGCUUUUCACAGAGACAAAGGAGGUUCUUUCUUGGAUAUGCUUCAUGCAGCCUCACUAACAAAGCAACUCCUUCAGGGAGGAAGUGAAGAAUUAUCUGCUGUUGCAACUUCUCUGAAUCAAGUUUACGCCAGAAAUCAAACUUCUGUGCAAAACAAACAGGAUGUCAAAGACCUUAUUGGCAAGCACACUAAAAAUUUGGAAAGUGCCGUCCAUUUUGAAUCUACUAUACUGCACUUUCCAUCGGCCCAAGAAUAUCAUGCAAACUCUGUUGUGUCAACAAUCAAACAACAGUCCUUGCCAUUGUUGCACAUUCUCCAGAAUGGCACAUCUGUGCAUCAGGUGGAGUCUGCUGUGCUGUUGUUUUUGGAAAGAGCAUCACAUUAUGAUUGGACGUCUAGGCUGGGUUAUUUGCAGUCAGUGGUGGAUGUGCUUUGUGCUAAGAAGUUAUGUUCCUGUCAUCUAGGAGAUGUUGCCUCACUCUUGAAAUCCUACCUGAAGAGUUUUGGUGUAAUUUAUAGCAGUCAACUUAUGGAUAAACUCAGAAUUGGGUUCAACGAUAUCCAGUCCACACGAUUUGAUUUCCGCAUGCUUGAACAUCUCCCUUAUGACCUAAGACAGAACACAGAUCUUCUCAAUCAUCUGAGACAGUUUCCAGUUAAUACUGCACCAUUGGAAAGGGCUUCAGGCUUGGCAAACAGGUUGUCUCUGUUAGAAGCUAAAGCCAGACAGUGUUAUUCUUUUGAAGAAAAGAUUCAUUCAUCUGGAACUUUACAGAGCGGGAAUUUGAUUCAGCUUUGCAACGCUUUUCAUGCUGGUCAGUUGCCGUUAGAAUCGCUUCCUCACCCAGUUGUGGUACAUCUGUUACCCUUCUUUAAAUUGCUGGGCUCUGUUAUGGACAGUUGUAUCCAUCAAGGAGAAACUUUCAGUGACAGCAACUACUGGAUGGUGGUAGAAGGACUUACUUGGUUGGACAGGCUGUGGACCAUGUGCGAGAAACAAACCAGACACAAUUUCUCACUCUCGUUUCUCUCCCUUCAUUGGACCUGGGUUGAACAGUACACAUUACAUUCUGUUCAAACAGCGUUUGUAAAAUUUACUGACAGAGAAUUACCAGAAGAGCUUGUUACAGUUGUUAAUCAGCUGCAAACGGUUCUAGCCACAGACAGGAGAGUGACUGAAGCCUACUUGCGAAUCCUGGUUGCCUUUGGGCAUCCUGCACCAUUUAAAUCAAGAAGUGCCUUUAUGGUCUGGGAAAAAACGCAAAGUCUUUGUGAACGGUUUGACAAUUACUGCAACAGAUCAUGGAAUCGUCGGUUUGAAGAGGAGCAGCAAAGCUGCAAAAAUGCAGAACUGAAAGGCAAGCUGGCAGAGGUUUUGAAAAUAAUGCUGGACAACACGAUGAAUUUGAGUGAAGAAGAAUAUUCACAAUGUGACUCAAUCCUUUCCAGUGUGGAAGAGACAACUAGCAGAAACCUGGAAUCUACACAAGAGAUAAUGACGUCAGAUGACAACUCCUCUGAGCCAGAUCAGGAAACAAGCGUCAAUAUAAGAAUGAAUGAUGUGGCACUAAAAAAAAUUAUGUCGCUUAUGUUUGGGGAUGUUUGUUCUUUGCAAGAAGGUCGUGUCCUAGGGUCUUUGAUGCUGGCGCUGGUAAAUCAAAUGGCUAGAGGGGCAACUUCCUUGGACAGUGGAGCCGUAAGAGAUGAGAUAGAGGCACUCACAACAUAUCAUUUGAAAAAGAGAAUUAGAGAUCCAGUAAUACAGGCGAUAUUCUGUCACUUGGGAGGUACUCUGAGCAAGGGAAACAACUUAAACUCACAUUUCUCGUCCAUCUUCCGCCUGGUGGAGUCUGAAAUACUCACAGAGUGCUUCAUGUUGGAGAGCCGUAAGCUUUGGGUGCAGAGUAACGAUUUCAAAGAAUCAAAUGUUUUCUCUGUUUUGGGCGGAGCACGAAAUCUUCUUGAUAGCGUGUCAUCACGGAAGUUAGUUGAAGAGGGACAUGGCAGCUCUCUCACUUCUUUGACAAUUCGCAACUACCACGAAAACCUCAAACACUUGGAAAUAUUAUCAUCACACUUUUGGGUCAAUGGUGACUUGCUUGAUUCCCACAAUGAAGUGGAUCGGAAUUCAAGUAUAAAGUUGUUCAUCACCAAAUGGUUUCAAGUUCUUUUAUCAGUCAAAGAAUCCCUCUUUCAAAGUAGAAAUAUGGGGAUCACUAGUGUCAUUAACAGAAUAUUACCAAGUGUCUAUGAAGAAGAUAAUCUUUUGCAUGGCAUUAACUCUGUGGUAGAUGUUUUGAAGGAAGUUGUGCAAAUUGUCGCCAAUGCUUACAAACACUGCACUGGUAACGUUAAACAAGCAGAUUCGAUGUGUAAUCUUCUGACUGCGUGUCUCGAAGGAGUUUCUCGGCUUCCAGAAGAAAAUCAGGCAGAUAACACAGACAUGUUUUGGGACUCCAUUUGCCUUGGUGACAUGUGGACUAAACUUGGCUUGGUUCAGUCAUUGAUUCUGUCUCCUGUCGGACCCGUGGAUCCUGUUGAGAAAACUAGGAUUGAACUUGAGUACGUCAAUAGCGAGAUUCAAAGAAUCGAAGAGGAGUUAAAAGUGAGAUAUUAUGCAGAGGAAAUAUGGAGAGGAGUGAAGACUUCUGUUGAUGAUUUGGAAGCUCUUGUUUGUGAUGAACACAGGAGUGAAUCACAAUUAACAUCUAAUCCAGUACGGGUGGGGCGAUUGUUAACAAAACUUAACGAUCUCAGAGUGAAAGCGGAGAACCUGAGUAAGAAUGCCGCCAUCAGACCAGACAUCUCGCAGUUUGAUGCUAUUCUUGAUGAAGUAAAACACUUCCUGCACACUGUUGGUGAGAGUAACACUGUUACGGACCUAACAAAAUCUAUGAGAGAGCUAGCAUUACAGCUUUAUGGCUCACUGAAGAAUGGUGUUAAUGGAAACGUUUUGGCCAAUUCUGUCACCUCAGCUGUUCAUAAGGCAAAAGCUUGGUAUACUUCUGUGGAAAGGGUUAUCCAAAAGCUGAGGAAGGACUAUCCACUGUACUGUGAUAUUUUAGGACCCUUUAUUGCAGGUGUAUCUCAGGUCAUGUAUGGUGUGUCCCUGAUGUCAUCAAACUUAUCAACAUUGUUUCAAUACUACUUAUUUCGGGCUCAGCUUACAGUGGGUACAAAUAUGCAGUGUAGUGGACCAGAUGUGAUAUUGUCAUUUUGUGAGUUUCCUGUGUCAAGUUCCUUGUCCUGUUUGGAUGCUGCAGUUUCUCUAAUGUCCCCUUCUGUCGAUGCUUGCAUACAAGGCUUGGUUAAAUAUCUACAAGUUCGUGAAACAGCGGCUCGAACAUCUGCAUUUCUUUCCUUCAGGGCAUUACGGCUGUCAGUUCUCCAUCUGCGUAACCACUCCAUCCAACAUGGCUUCCUCGAUGAAAAACUUUACCGAGCAGUGGUUACAAUUCUGGAGAUUUUCCUGAACAAGUGGAAAAUCUUCAAAGAGGAAGAACGGCAGCGAGAGGAAGAGGAAGGAAGUUUGUUCAAAUUCAAGAACAAAACACACGGCGUGAGUCUUAGUGACGAUGAGGAGAAUAAAAGAGCCAUAAGCAAGGCGUUCCCACGUUUUGAUGACGAUUUCAAGGAUGUUAUGGCUCCCCAGGAUUUGAACGAGAAUACUUUUGUCCCUCAGGAUGAAAAUGCUUCAUCUUCGUGUGUAGUUAAGUCGGAUGCUGAACUAUUUAUGGAGAACGUUCCUGAUUUCUCAGAAUUGAGGAGGCUGCAUGAAGAAACUUUUUGUCGGCUUCGACCUAGUCGAGAUUUCGCUUUACAUGAAGCAGACUGUUACCGACCAAAUGACUCCAUGGAGUCGCUGUAUUUGGAAGCCUUCAAGUGGGGUUACGAAACAGCGUCAGUGAUGAAUGCUCUUAUACCAUGGUCGCAUGCGGACAGGAAAACAUCUCGAUCACAUCUCUUGCAAAGUUCCUUUUUGAAGGGUCAGUUCCAGUCAGACAGGACAGUGAAGCAAGAAAUGCUAUACCAGAAAGGUUUGAGUGACAAAAAACCUUUUGAUAUCUACCAUGACUCAAACAUUCAAGAGGUUGUAAGAGUGAAACCAAUUCUUGCGGAUUUUGCUGCUCGUGUUCACGAGCUGUUAGCAGAAUGGCCUCGGCAUCCUGCUUUAAUGCAGCUUCUAGUUGUGAUAGAAAGGAUUUUGUCUUUCCCCGUGACCAGUCCAGUGAUGAAGAUUUUGACUGGCCUUGAGGUUUUACUAAGAAAAGCCCAGGACUGGGAAUCAAAUGCUGCAAAACAUGUCAGCCUAAGAGACCAUUUGGAUAAUGUGACGCAUCUGAUCAUUGAGUGGAGAAAAAUGGAGCUAAAUGUGGCAUUGUGGAAUCGUCGUCGAAUCAAUGCUUCGAAACCAGCUUUCAAUCACGCGCUCCUUUUCGCCUGUUCAAAAGAGACGGUAAAAGCGAAGUGUUGUGUUAAUUCUGCAAAGUCCAUGCUCUCGUUCUGCUUCAGGUGCUGGUCAACACUACUAGAUGUGACCACCUUAAAUUCAGCAGCAAAAGCCAGUCAAUGGUGGUUUCACAUUUAUAGUUCUUUGGUGCAGUUUAGGAUGACUGAAUAUGCGCAGGAACCUAGUGAGGGUUUUCCUGAUGGCAGUGAGAUAAUCGAACCUUUACAAAGAUUUAUCGAAAGCUCAACACUUGGAGAGUUUGCUUCCCGGUUACAAAUGCUGUUUGCAUUUUACAAACAAAUGUGCUACGAAGAGGCUAGCACUGGAGAAGUUAAAGUAUCAGAUGUGCUAUGGAACUUGUUCUGUUAUUACAAGCAAUUUAUUCCUUCUGUUGAACAAUCUCUGCAAGAAAUGAGGAAACCUAUUGAAAAAGAUCUGAAGGAUUUUGUGAAAAUUGCCAAGUGGAAUGACUCCAACUUCUGGGCUAUGAAACAAGCGGCGGACAAGUCUCAUCACACAUUGCACAAAUUUGUGCGCAGAUACGAGGCCUCUCUGAAUGAGCCAGUCUCCAAGACCUUGACAAAUGUGGAGAAAGCUCUUUCUCCUUCUGAAAAUAAAGAGAAUUACACAAAUGAAAGAAAAAAUGUGCAAGCGGAGUGGUUCAUAUCAUCAGAAGCAUUGAAGGCACACUGUAACAGAAGUCUUCAAUUUAUAUCAACGCACGAGAAAUGGAGAUUGUGUCUUCCAUCAAAUCAGAAUCGUCUUACAAAACUCUUUCAAAAAAUGAGACAGUUGUCACACCAGAUUAUUUGUCGACAAGAGUAUGAGCCACUAGUGACGUGCUUGGAUGACUUUACAGCUGAAGUCAUAACCACUUCAAAAGAGCUGCAAGCUUUGGAUGUGUCCAGUCAGCCAAAAGAGAAACAAACAGAGUUGAAGAAACAUAUUCAGCAACGGAAACGUAAAAGUUUGUCAGACCUGUUCAAGAUAUUGGCAUUACUUGGCGUGUCUUAUCGUAAGGGGCUCAAUCUCCAGCGCCAGUCCACGGGAAAAGAAGCCAUGUUGGUUGCUGCAGUUGAGGAAGAGGCUGUAACAAGAUCAGUCGAGCUGCUGUCUGACAGGUCACCUGACUUGCUACAUAAUGUGAGGCAGCUCUUGGAGGGUUGUUGUCGUUAUUACUAUAAGUCACUUGCCAGGUCUUCUGCCCUAACUGUAGCCAUGAUAACGCCGUCAAAGGAGCUCAGCGUUGGUGACAUCGAUCGUUGUAAAGGUUGUAGUAACCAUUUGCUUCAUGUUUGUUAUGAACAAAGACAGGUCAUCUCGCAGUUAUCGAGAAACAUUAGACGUACAAGUGUUGGCUUGAGGCAGUUGAGAGAAUCUGUCACAUCACCAGAUGAAGAUGCCAACAGCGGAAUCUCGAGUCUUCCACCUCAGAAGGACCUUGAGAAGCACACUAUUCAAGUGAUGGAUCUUCUCACUAACACGGCUCAUGUUCUACAGCAAAUGUCCAUAUUGCUGAAAUGUUGUCCCAAUGAAAAAACGCCACUUCACAAUUGGACUCCAUUGCCACAAGCAAUGCUUUCGUCUGUGGCAGUUUCGUCUGCAGAAGAUCCUGACAUUAAGGAGAUGAUUCAAACGUUGGAGAACACUGUGACGAGGUUGCACCAAGUGGCCAAUGAAGUCCGGCCCUAUGCUGCUCUAUCUGAUCACGUGUUGAACAAUACAAGCGGGAAUGACAGGACAGCAACCAUAGCAUCUUGGCUACAGAACAAAGUAACAAGGGAUGCUUUCUUCAAGCUGAAAGGAACAACAGACUUGAUUGAUGAAAUGUUGCCAAAGUUUAAAUCAAAGUGUUGUUCAGUUAGCAAAGGCCUUGGUGGCCCACUAGUCCGCCUCAAAGACGAGAUCUUAGAGAAAUUUAACGAUUUCCAUUCAUGGAGUACGGCUGUGUCUGGGAAGGGGGAGAUUCAGACACCCUGGAGUGAUGAAAACAUUGAUGACCAAGGAGUGGCGACUCUGAAUGCAUUUAUCAGCGAUGUGGACGCCCUGAACACCUCGCUUCUUCUGGCAGUUCAGCGUUUGGCUAAGGUAACAGAAAAUAGCACCCAAGAAAGAAACGAAGAAGGUGAAGGUAGCAAAAAGAACACAGCUGAUCAAGAUGGCAGUGAGAACUUACAGCUUCAAGAUGGACACUUGGCAACUCGUUUACAUCAGAACUUACUCAACGACAUCAGCAGGCUCAAAUUAAACGGCGUGACGAGGAGCAUUUCUUCACUUCUGUCCCAGGUCAAAAACAUGACUGAUUCCUCAUGGUCUUCUUCUAACAUGUCAGUUCAAUUUCCACUCAGUGGCUUUUGCGCUCAUUUACUGGAAGGCUCCAUCCCCCUACUCCAUCAAUACCUAAACCUCUCGCAAAAUCUUCUCAUCAAUUUACUGGAAGCUCACCGCGCAACCAGCAAACUGUCGUCUGUGUUGCUUAGUAUCUUCACCGAUCUCGGCACAAGAGGAUUCUGUGUGCCCCCGGAAAUAGAGGAGGGUGAAGGCGACGGGUCUACAGAGUUUGAAGACAUUGAAGGGGGAGGCAUUGGAGAAGGAGAGGGAAUGAAAGAUGUCAGUGACCAGAUAGAGAAUGAGGAUCAGCUUGAAGAUGCUAAGCAAGAAGGACGAGACCAAGAAAAGAAAGAAGACGACUCCCAACAACAAAUACCUGACGAAGAAAAUGGUAUUGAAAUGAGUGAGAACUUUGAGGGGGCUUUACAUGACCUGGAAGCUGGAAAGGAAGAGGACGAGGAGAACGAGGAAGGGAAUGGGGACGAGGAUGAUGUUGAUAAACAGAUGGGAGAGGUUGAUGGACAAGACACUGAAAAACUGGACGAGAAGAUCUGGGGAGACUCAGAUGACGAGGAGGAAAAAGAGGAACACGAGAUGAAAGAAGAGAAGGGAACAGGGGCUGAAGCCGAAUCUCAGUCACAAUUGGUCGCUAAGGUAGACAACAAAGGCUCUACAGAUGAAAGAAAAGAGCAAACAGAGGGACAACCUGAUGCUGAUGAAGAACAAAGUGACGAAAAUAUCAAUGAAGCCUUGCAAGGUGAAGAGGGAAACUUGAGUGACGAGGGGGAGGAUGAACAGGAAGGUACUGGACAGCAAGGUAAAGAAGAAGAGCCUGUUGAUGCAGAGGAAUCUUCUAAAUUAGAGCUGCCUGAUGAUCUGCAGCUUGACGAUGAAGGGAACGAAGGCGAAGGAGACCAACCAGAAGAAAUGGAAACUGAUGAAUUUGAAGGAGAUCAAAUUGACACCGAAGAAACUGGAGACAAAACAACGGCGCCAGAUGAUGAACAAAUGGAUACCGGCAACGAUGAAGAGGAAGGGGAAGAACUGGGUGAUGAAGAAGACGUGGAGGGGACUGAGGGUGAUAAGAAACAAGAUGUAGGAGAGGGUCCCGAGCAGGAUGAAGAUGCUAUUGAUGAGACUGACCAGGAGGACUGGAGGACAAAAACAGAUACUGAGCCUCAAGAAAAUGUCCAGGCUGUGGAGGAUUCUGGAGAAGGAGAUGGGAAUGGAGAACAAAGUGACGUUACUGCUGGCCAAUCUGAAUCGACAGAAGGUAAUGAGGAGCAUGGAGUGGGGCGAGCUGAGGCACUUGAUGACGGACACCUCGGAGAGUCAAGCCAAAGGAUCGCUCAAACCACAACAGAUGCCAGACAACAGUCUCGGCAAAGAAAGCAGAUGAACCUUGCCAGGUCUGACCGGGCACUGGGUUCCAUGGAUGAAACAACUCACAAGAGACUGAAGACUGUUGAUGAAACAGAGUUGGAGCCUGGAGCAGAGGUAAAUGAGACGAGAACUGAAGAUCUGUUCCAACAUAUGCGAAACGAUGAUCCAAGUUCACAUGACGCACAGACUCUUGACAGUGCAACCGCUGAUCAAGCCGAAACGCAAGAUAAAGCAAACUUUCCCGAGAUGCACAGUGACGGUGAAGAAGACGAAGGGGACUCAAAAACGGAAACAGCUUUGCUCUACGAUAACGAGGAACUUCCCACACCAGAUAAGUCCCAGCCGUCCCGACUUCCUCCACCAAUGAAACCCAAGCUGACAGCGGAUAAUGAAGAUGGAAACGAGGCGCGCGAAAGUGAGGCUGUCGAGGAAGCCAUGGAAACCAAUGAUGAUGAAGGAAUGACAGCUGAGCGUCUGCGCAGUACUUACCAUUCAUCCGACAUGGCACUGGCCUUUGGAAGAUUGGAUAUAUCAUCACUGGAUCCUGAGAAGGUGAGAGCUGAUCUGGAAUAUCAGUUAGCAGAAUGGAGCAGCAUGGACCGAGGCACGGCCGAGCAGCAGCAAAUGGCUCAAGAGGCCUGGCGCAAGUACGAGCUUCUCACGUCCAAUUUGUCUCAGGAUCUUUGCGAACAGUUGAGACUGGUCUUAGAACCGUCACUGGCCACCAAGCUUAAGGGCGAUUAUCGAUCAGGAAAACGGUUAAACAUGAGGAAAGUGAUCCCUUACAUUGCUAGUCAGUUCCGUAAGGACAAAAUCUGGCUGAGGAGGACGAAGCCGAGUAAGAGACAGUACCAGAUCAUGCUGGCUGUGGAUGACUCUUCCAGCAUGAAUGACAAUCGCUCUAAACAGCUGGCGUUUGAGUCGUUAGCUGUCAUCAGCAAUGCUUUAACCAGACUUGAAGCUGGGGAUUUGGGUGUUUGUAGUUUUGGGGAAACUGUCUGCCUCUUGCAUCCAUUCCACGAACCCUUCACAGAUAACUCAGGAGCUAGAAUUCUACAGCAGUUCACUUUUGAUCAGAAGAAAACCAAGAUAGCCGAACUUUUAAGUACGUGUACAAGUUUAAUGGUGGCGUCACAUUCACGGUUACAAGUGUCUCCCCGGAUGAGAAGAGAAACGAGCCAGUUAUUGCUAAUUGUGUCUGACGGGAGAGGAAUAUUUCUGGAGGGGAUGGAGACUGUUCAAAAGGCUGUACGACUAGCAAGGGAGACAGAUAUCUUCAUGGUAUUUGUAAUACUUGACAACCCAGCUAACAAAGACUCGGUUCUUGACAUCAGAGUACCGAUUUUCCGUCCAGGAAAGUUACCCGAGAUCAAAUCCUACAUGGAACAAUUUCCUUUUCCAUUUUACAUCAUUCUAAGGGAUAUCAACGCAUUACCAGUGACCUUAAGUGACGCGCUGAGGCAAUGGUUUGAACUUGUGUCUAGUUUUGAUUGACAGCAAGGAGCGCUAAGCACUCUGCGAGACAGGCACAGGGGUAGAAAAGAAGGCUCUUCCAAAUGUGCUGGGGAAACAACAGUCGGACUAGAGAGAUGAACAGAAGGAUCGAGUCACGAAUACGAGACUAAGGCAGUGAUCCUCGGUAAAGUUGCAUUUCUUAGAAACAAACCUUGACAGCAACCCCUGACAAGGUUUGCUAUUUGAGAUGUUCGUGGACCAAAUGAGCAGAGCUUCGUAAACGAUGGGAAGUUUGUGAGGUUCUUGAAGAUUGAAGUAAUGAAAUGUUAAAGCUGUCUUUACCCAAAUUCGAUUUAAGAACAAAGAACAAUUUGAGUCAAAUAUUUUUUGCAGAUUAUACGGCUGAUAAAUUGUUAAGAACGAAGCUACAAGGUUACUGAAAUAUCUCGUUUAUCCUGUCUUCAGAGAAAGAAACUCACUGUUCACUUGGUAUUUGUCUUUCAUCAGGGAAAAGGUUGACCUUGAAA